AUGGCUCCCUCUCAGCUUCCUCCCAUCUUCAACCCCACUCCUCAGGACAUUGAGAUGCUCCUCGCAGCUCAAUGCCACCUAGGAUCCAAGAACCUCCAGGUUCACAUGGAACCCUACCUGUGGAAGACUCGCCCUGACGGUGUUAACGUUAUCAACGUUGGCAAGACCUGGGAGAAGAUCCUCUUGGCUGCCCGAAUCAUCGCCGCCAUUGACAACCCGGCCGACAUCUGUGUCAUCUCCGCUCGUCCCUACGGUCAGCGUGCUGUCCUGAAGUUCGCUUCUCACACCGGUGCCACCGCCAUUGCCGGUCGCUUCACCCCCGGUAACUUCACCAACUACAUCACGCGCUCUUUCAAGGAGCCCCGCCUCAUCAUCGUCACCGACCCCCGCACCGAUGCUCAGGCCAUCAAGGAGGCCAGCUACGUCAACAUCCCCGUCAUCGCUCUCUGCGACACUGACUCUCCCACCGACUUCGUCGAUGUUGCCAUCCCCUCCAACAACAAGGGUCGCCACGCCAUCGGUCUGGUCUGGUGGCUCCUUGCCCGUGAGGUCCUCCGUCUCCGUGGUACUCUCGCCAACCGUGAGGUCGACUGGGACGUUGUUGUCGAUCUCUACUUCUACCGUGACCCUGAGGCCGAGGAGAACAAGGAGAUCGCUGAGGAGGCUAAGGUUGCCAGCGCCGAGGACGUUGGUGCCGGAGCCAUCGAGUCCGGCUUCGCUGGUGAGAGCUGGGAUGCUCAGGCUACUGCUGCUCCCACCACUUUCGCUACUACCGGUGCUACCAGCUGGGAGGCUGACGGUGGUGACUGGGCUGCCAGCUCCGCUCCCGCUGCCGGUGGUGAGACCUGGGCUGAGGCUCAGAACCCCGAGGCUGCCGCCAAGUGGUAA